AUGAGGAUAUCCUGUCAGACCGACUGUAAAAGGUCCACAGUGAAGAAGACUCCCAAGAAGCAGGAGAGUGACAGUGACAGCAGCGAUAGCGAUGAUGACUCGGACACCACAUCUGACCUGUCUGCCAGAAGGCAUCGGCGCUUUGAGAGGACUUUAAACAUGAAUGUUUUCACCUCUGCUGAGGAACUGGAGAGGGCACAAAGGCUCGAAGAGAGGGAACGUAUUAUCCGGGAGAUCUGGAUGAACGGCCAACCGGACAUCCCAGGGACAAGGAGCCUGAACCGCUAUUAUUAG